AAUACUACAAGACGAACGUCGAUCUCCGAUCAUCAAUCAAAUAAUCCAAUAUGGCCGUUUGCUUCCAAUGGGGCUGUUCGCGGUUAAAUUUUACAAAUUUUCAGUUAUAAAUAAAUAGUUUCAUAAAGAACAACAUUGCCUUACAUUAUAAUGUAAAUCAAUGUAUCUAAUGAAGACUUUUCCGUAUGCUGAAGAUGCCAGUUAACUCUGUGACUGAAACGAAAAAAGGAGUCGAUAAAUCUAGAUUUUCCCUGUCAUUAAAUAGGAAUAAUGCAACAUUUUUGAGCAACGAAAAUAAGAAACCGACUGAGAAUCUAAAAGAAAACACUGACCCCUACAAGCAGUCUACUAGUAAUAAUAAAGAGAAUAAGCCAAUAAAGAGGCCGCUGAAGAGUGUAUAUUCAAACACUCUAUCAGCUGCAAAGAGAUUGAAACCACUGUCUGAGACAUCAAAGCCAGCAGAGAAACUAUCAGAAUCAAAACUAAUAAUAUUGGAGCCUCCAUUGGCCAGCCCUGCCAUGUUGAAUGGCCAUCACACAUCAGACAAUCAAUAUGCGGGCAGUACACAGCGUAAAACACCCAUCGCUACACUGUCCAAUUUGGGGAACACAUGUUUUCUCAACAGUGUACUCUACACUUUACGAUAUGCACCACGCUUUCUGCACAACCUACACCACCUAGUAUCGGACCUAGCAAGUGUUGAACAGAAGCUAGGCAGUAUCAGGCUAAAGAGCUCAUCAUUGGGCCGCAGUGCAGCAGGCCUUGCUUCCUCUGGGACUAGAUCGUGGAGCAGCAAAGACCUGCUAUCAUUGGGACAGUCUGAUAACAGCGCUGGGAAAAGUAAAAUACAAAUUGCUACCGAAAAACUCCAUGAGACAUACUUCAACCUGCGUGCCGCUGAGAGUAAAUGUCUCAAUAGCAGCUCAGCUGAUGCUACUCCAGAACCAUAUGCGGCUGAUGCUUUCUUAGCGGCACUCAGAGAUGUCAACUCUACAUUUGAAGGAAACAGGCAGCAGGAUGCCCAUGAAUUGCUAGUAUGCAUAUUAGACAACAUACGAGAAACUUGCAGAGCUCUCAGUGCUCGUGCAAGUAGACUACAGUUACAUGAAAAUGGAGAUAGCAACGGGAUCGGACGGCAGCCAAGUCUUGAGGGCGAUGGGGGCAAGCCAACUCUGGGUAAUCUACGUAAGUCAUGGAAGAAACGUAAGGAGGUAAAAAUAAGUGAUAAGCGAGCCUCGCCUACCGAUGAAAGACCUCCCUCACCUGCUGACCCUGAGAGAGACGAGAGGUCUAAACCAGGGUGGGACUUCGUAGCUGACGACUUUGAAGGCACUAUGGUUGUGCGGACCAUGUGCUUGGAGUGCGAAGCUGUGACCGAGAAGGCGCAAGCAGUCUGCGAGCUAUGUGUUCCUGUCACAGAUGAUGAUGCUGAAGAAGAACCAUUCAAAGCAGCUUGCCUGUCAACAGAAUACCUGCGCGAUCAGAACAAGUACUGGUGCGAGCGCUGCCUUCGUUAUAACGAGGCCCGCCGCAGCGUCGCGUACUCCCGUUUGCCGCGGCUACUCGUGCUGCAGCUGAAACGCUUCAGUGGCGGUAUGGAGAAGAUCACCCGCCACGCGCCAACACCUUUACACAUGCCAUGCUUCUGUGAGCCCUGCGCUCAGCGCCCACCUGACCAGCCACCUACACAUCGGUACCUGCUAUGGGGCGUGAUCAUGCACCUGGGGCAGACGCUGACGGGCGGGCACUACGUGGCGUACGCGCGCGACAGCGGCGGCGGCGCGGAGGCGGGCGCGGGCGCGUGCGGGCGCGAGGCGGGCGGCGGCGACGCGGCGGCGCAGGCGUCCAGCUUCAUGCGCGCGCUGUUCAGCCGGCCGCGGCCCGCGCCCGCCGGCUGCUCGGCGCGCGACUGCUGCGUGCCGCGGCCGCGCGCGCUUGCGGCGUGGCUGGCGUGCGACGACGAGCUCGUCAAGCCCAUCUCCAACGAGGAGUUCGAGGACCUGCUGUCGGCCGAGCCCGAGAUGCGCUCGGCCGCCACCCCGUACCUGCUUUUCUACGUCAAAAGCGAGGUCGGCUAGUGCGAGACUCGCGUUUCGAUCGGUAGCCUCCGAACGAGGCGUUAGCACUGUAUCUACGUUUAUUUUCCUCUUUCUGCUUCAGUUUCCGGGGAUUCGUUCGGCAGACACCUUCAACGUGUCGCGUGGAUUAGAACUUUUCGUUUAGCAAUCGUCCUGUGAGUCUAUAUCUUUCUUUUGUUUAGAAGCUUAAAAAGACAUAUAGGAUGUAGGCGCGGACCGUUACGAGUGUCGGCCUGACGUGAUAUUAUGAAUGUAGCUAAAGUAUUAUAAUAGGAUGUUAUAAAAAUCGAUCAAAAUAUAUUGUAAAGUAUAAAAAAAACAUACACAAUAUUUUAAACAGUUGUUACAAUCUGACAAUAUGGACUUAAAAAAUAUAGAUUGUAUCGAAUGUACCUUCCAAUUUAUACAAACUGAUUGUAUAUCGAUGUUGAAUCUGUAUAACCUGUAUUUGUAUAAUAAUAUAACUGAGCUAAUUGCGAAAAUAUUUAUUGGCCUAAAAGUAUUACUGUUCAAGAAAAUUGGAAAUUGCUAUAUCUUCUUUUUGAAAUCAUAAUCUAUGGUCCAAACUCACCGUGUGCCCGUCAAUUAUAGCAAUAUUUAUUUAAAAUCCAUUUUAGAAACUAUUGUACUGCUAAUACUUUAAGAGAAAGUUCAGAAUACGCGUUUUCUAUCACAGCUUAGCUACGGACCCAUCAAGAGGGCAUAAUCAGACCAAUAUGACACUAAAAUAGUUUAUCAGUAUGUUACAAUUUCAAUCCAAUAAUCAUACAAUGAUAGUAGAAAAAAUGUUAAACAAAAUAUGUAGAAAUAUAUUUUUGUGGAGUAUUUUGUUAUUAGUUCACAACAAUAAAUGUGUAAUGACUGGUGCAAAAUAUCCUAUCUAUUGUAAUAAGUAUGGAAUACGAAAUCUUAAUUCAGUUGUCUGAUUCCAUGUGUGUAGCAUAAUUUUAUUGGGAUCCGAGUUCUCAUACUAGGACAAUUAUUAAACUAACAUUGACGAGAGCACAUAUUCAUUUUUUGGUUACUGUUUCAAAUUUGUUAUUUAAAGCAUCACAACAUUAUUUUAUUAAAGUGUAAACUAGAACUUAGGUGAAAGGAAAGAACGCUACUCCAUAAAACGGAACUUUUAAUAUCAUUACUGAUAUGUUUUUCAAAGAAAGUUCGAUAUGUAAUGGUGUCGCUGUUUGCUUCCUUACGUCAAACCUAUACGCACACUGUAGUGAUAUUAAAUUAGACUAACAGUGACCUCGAGACUACAACGAUAAUCAUUGCUUGCUACGAAAUGCGACUGCUUUCUUUUUACAAAUUUUGAAAUACUGUACUGUAAUUGUGUUACUAGCCUUUGCUACCAUUGAUACUUCGUAUUUUUGUAUGGCAGCUAUAAAAUUGUAUAUAGUUUUAUUUCUAUGUAUACUCAAGUAUAUAUAUAAUAUGUUUUGAUUCCAAUUCCUGUAAAAUUGCAGUCGUUUUUGUCAAACUAUUAAAAGAUAAAUGGAUAUUUUUAUAAACUGACAAUACUAUCUUCCUAAAUAUGUGGUGUUCACAACAUUAGUUUCAGUAUUUUUGUCGCACUUUGAACAAAUCUUUGACAAUAAAUUAACUAAAUUACGCAGGUAUUCGAAAAAUUAAAUCUUGUAUAAAUAUACUCUACUUUACCCUAUGAUUCUUACGUUAAAUAUACUUGAAGUUUUGUAGCGCGAUAAAGGCAUGUUAUAUAAUGUGCAUAUCUUAUAAUAAUGAAUGUUCAAGAAACAAGGCUGUCAGUUAACAAAUGCGACUGCAGUUACCUAAACUCUUAACUAAUCUAUGGCUGAUGUGUAGGUACCUUAUAACAUUAUUUUGAUUUAGUCCUAAAAUGAAGAAGUCGAAAAUUGUGGUGAUAAAAUAUUAUCCUACUACAUUAAGGAAUAUUUUUUGGUAUAACUCAAGGAAUGGGUAUCUGCUACAUAAUAAUUUACCACUGCAGUCUUAUACUUCUCUACUUAUGCUCGACUUAAAGUACUCAACUUACUAAAUUACUUAAUUUUAUGUGUUAUUGAGGAUGCCAUUCCAAAAACCUUUGAAAAAGGUAAAAUUCUUGUCAGUAGCUAUACGACUUUGUUUUUAUUAUCGAACAAAAUGUUAUUAUUAUCGUUCAUUUUCAUUGUAAAUUCGAUUUGGAUAAUAAAAAUAAGUUCAAUGAUC